AUGGAACCAGGAAAGGAUAGAGAGUAUCCAAUGAUUGUAGGGAAAGUGCGUGUCUGGUUGUGGAGAGACAAAAUGACACGCACGAGUCUAUACAGAGGACCACUUGGCCACACAUCACAUGCUAUUGCACGUGAACUAGUAACUUAUGUUAAAAGAAAGAAACAAUCCUCUUUGACCCUGCCACUGCCACGAAGGGUUACACGCGCCCACAUUGGCAAUGGAAAGCCGGAGUCCCAUCCUUCUACUGUACUGAAAAAAGCAAAAGGCUGUGACACCUCUGGCUCCAAAAACCCAACAAUUUUCUACCCUUCUUUUCCCAUUCUGCUUUCUCACAAUCCGGAAUAA